AUGGGAAAAGCCGAGGCCGGAUCGCUCAAGGCGAUCUCCAAUGCCAUCAAGGCAAAGGGUUUGACCAAGCUGCGCUUCUAUUGCCAGCUUUGCCAGAAAGCAUGCCGCGACGAGAAUGGGUACCGCAGCCAUCUGGAGUCCGAGGCACACUUUCGCCAGAUGGACGCAUUGGCUGCCUCUGGUGGUGCACAGAGGGUCAUUGAUGAUUUCAGCGCCACUUUCCAGAAGGAGUUCGUCCAGCUGCUCAGUCGUCGAUUCGGGACUCGACGCAUCCGCGCCAACCAGGUCUACCAGGAGUACAUCGCAGAUCGACACCACACCCAUAUGAACGCUACGCAGUGGACAAGUCUAUCUGACUUUGUCAAGCACCUCGGACGCGAAGGCAUUGUGCAGGCUGAAGAAUCCGAUCAGGGAUGGUACAUCACCUGGAUCGACAACUCCCCAGCAGCCUUGGCAAGGCAAGACGCGUUGCAGAAGAUGGAACGGGCAAAGAUGGACGAUGAGCAGAGGCAGCGACGCUUGCUGCAAGAGCAGAUCGAUCGAGCAUCGCAGUCUUCUGUCGCAGGGGGCGCGGCUGCUGCGUCAUCUGGCACCGGCAAUCGCGACCAGGAUCCCUUAGACAAGACAAAUCAAGGUCUUCAAAGAAACGGGGCUGGCCCCAUCCGCAUCGGUCUGUCCCUCGGCAAUGCUGCGAACAAGCCUGACCAAUCCACUCAGUCUGAUAUCGCAUCGUCAAAAGAUCGAGCUGUGCAGGGUUCUUCGCAAUCCUCGACGGUCGCUUCCUCGGCGACAGCGACGUCGUCGACCGCUUCCUCGCCAGCGCCCUUCAAGAUGGGGUUCAACGUCCUCAAGUCGACGUCAAAGCCGGUCAACCCUCUGAAGCAGCCCGGCGCAUCAGUGCGACAUGGGUCUCGUGGCGGUGCCACGUCCGCCAGCAACCCUUCGACCAAACCAAAACCACCGUCCAGCAUGACGAUGGCGGAAAAGAUCAUGCAGGAGGAGCUCGAGCGCAAAAAGAGAAAAGCCGAGCCCUCUUCGGGACGAUCCGCUGGUCCACAGAUGCAGUCAGGGAUUAAGCGGAGCCGUUUCUAG